ACUCUUCACACAAACAAACAACUCUUCCCAACUACAUCUCUUCCACUUUCAACCAUCAAAAUGAAGUUCACCGCCGCUCUCAUCGCUCUCGUCUCCGCCACCGGCGCAGUCGCAGCCCCUGCCCCCGCCGACUCCGUCUCCAUGAUGGCCGCCUCUCCCCAGUGGACAAUCCAGUCUCUCUCCCGCUCAUGCGACAAGGCUGAUACCACCUGCACCUGGAACUUCAAGAUCAACACCGGCAGCGGCGCCGCCACCGCCUGCAAGUACGUCGUCAAGGGCAAGCCCGCCUCCAAGGCCAACGGCGGCCCUGCCAAGUGCGGCACCUUCACCAUCACCUCUGGCUGGAGCGGCCAGUUCGGCGCCGACAAGGGCUUCACCACCCUCUCGGUCGUCAGCAGCAAGAAGCAGAUCAUCUACCCCAGCUACACUGAUAAGCAGCUCGCUGGUGGCAAGGUUGUCAAGCCUGACCAGAGCUACUCCCCCGCUGCUCUCCCUUAAACGGUUAUGAGAUUACGAUUUAGAUGGAGGAUAUGAUUUAGAGGAUGAGCGAUAGUAAUGUUAAUAAUUAGAGGGUGGAUUAGAAGAAUAUAUAUCAAUAUAGACUAAAUAAUCUGUUACACACCAUUUCAUG